GCAAUCCUUGACACUCGCAGCAGUCCUCUUCGCAGGCUGUACUGAAAGCCACAUCAUGCUCUACACCUCCAUCCAUACUGCAAACUAGCCGCACAAGUCUAUACCGCACUUGCACCAUCUCCGGCUUCAGUGAUGUUACCAAGAAUCAGAGAGAGGAAGGAUGAGAGACAAAACGAAGCGCACCUGCAACGAGGCUGCCGCCCAACAUGAGCCUCUAGAUGCCGUCAUUUCAAUCUUAAACAGUGGAUUAUUCGACGCCAUGCACAACGCAGCUUGCGAGAUGCUCGAGUCGUCAGAACGAACCGCGAGCGAACAGCACACUUACGGAUACCAUGCGCUGCAAGACUCGCGGCCGCCUGACACGUCGCUGAGAGCAUCGCCAUCUCCCGAAGCCAAGUGUUCUGUUGGACAUCGGACUGUGUGGACCGUCAUGUUGUGGCACUGGAAACCGUCAAUCCUCGCCCCUCAGAUGGCUGUGGGCGAAGGAGACGUGGUCAGCCUCCACUGAACGUGCGCGCUCGUGUCCGUUCUCGACUCUAGCGACCUUGUGUUGCAAGUUAUGCGACCCGAACUGCGGUCCUCGACGUGAAGCAGGCUCUCUAGGCCACGCAUUGCAGACACGGCAUCAGGUGACACAGCCCAGUCGAUAUCUUGUGUCUUCGGGACUGCUCCGCUUUGGACAAGCUUCGACAACGAAUGCCAGGCACAUAGGUGCUGGCCUUCGGCAAGACGCAAGCGUAUUGCUGUACUCGAGACGAAGUGCUCCAAGUGCGAUAUGGGGAGGAAUGGGGCGAAUGUCGCGGUCAUAGGCUCAUCGUAUGGGUUCGUCUUCGACCCCGUUGCGUUCGACAAGGGUCGGAUGCUUCGAAAACGAUCGCAAAUCUCCCGGAAUCCGAAGCUGCAGCAAGGGCUGGAUCGAGAAGCCUUCGUCGCCGAACCAAUGCUUCGCCCAUUGAACAUUUUCUCAUGUCCAAUAUCCGUACUUGGCGCAUCAGACCUUGGAAUCUUGGAACAGUUGCCGUCUCUGCCAGAGGCGGGUUCUAUCGUUUGAUGCCUGGCGGAAUGAAGAGGCGGCCAGAACCACUCCGAGCAACCGCUGUCCUGCGACAACAAGCUGACACAGAGCGUAAAGAGGCCCCAUUCCGACCAGAUCCAACAGCAGGUGCGCUAGGUGAAAGCUGGCAAACAAACGAGAAAGCCGCAGGGCAGCAAAACCCGGCCGAAACCC